CCGUUACCUUCCUCACCUCAUCUUCUUCUUCCUCGCUACAUCCCUCUCUCUCUCCCUCUCUCCGCACCAACUCUACGAACGAAGUCGCAUUUUGUGGUUUGAACCUCUUUGAGGAUCGAAAUUCAGUUGAGUUAGCCCCAAUUUCGGGGUGUUCUCAAUCCCUAAUCCCUAAAAUUACUCGUUGAGAUCAUGGAGCUCUGCUCCUCUAGGAGAAUUUGUAGUAGCAGUAGCAGUUCCAGUAGUUUCGAAUCCACUAGAAAAGCAGCUUCUUUGAACCGAUUAGCUUCUCUAAGAAGCCGAAAAAGUAGGGGUUUAAGGGUUUAUAAGCCGCAAAGUAGCAAUCCUGGUUGCCGUUGUUGUCGAUUCAGCGUAAAAAUCGCAUCUUGCGUCGAAUUCGAUGAGGAAUGGAGGGGUGAGGUGAGUUCGGUGAGUUCGGAGAAUGUAGUGGAGGUUCUCAGGUCGAUUCCUGACCCGGUCGAGGCGUUGUUGCUGUUUAAAUGCAUCGCGUCGCAGCCUAGGGUUGUUCACACGACGGCGUCCUUCAAUUACAUGCUCGAACUUUUGAGGGUUCAUGGCAGGGUGGAGGAUAUGGCUCUUGUGUUUGAUCUAAUGCAGAAGCAAAUUGUGAAGAGGGAUCCUGAAACUUUCUUAAUUAUCUUUAAAGCCCUUGGUGUUCGAGGCGGCCUACGGGGCGCCCCGUUCGCCCUGUCGAAGAUGAAAGAAGCUGGAUUUGUUUUAAAUGCGUUUUCCUGCAAUGGGUUGAUAUACUUCAUUCUCCGUUCCGGGUUCAUUAAGGAAGCUGUUGAAGUGUAUGAAAGAAUGGUUUCCGAGGGGAUUAAACCGAGUUUAAAGACUUAUUCUGCGCUUAUGGUGGCGUUGGGGAAGAGGAGGGAUGCACGGUCGGUGAUGCGGCUUUUAAAUGAGAUGGAGCGUUUGGGAUCGAGACCUAAUGUGUACACGUUCACCAUAUGCAUACGAGUUCUCGGACAAACGGGUAGAAUCGAUGAAGCUUUUGGCCUUUUGAGGAGAAUGGAGGACGAGGGUUGCGAACCCGACGUUGUGACGUAUACCGUGCUCAUAGAAGUUCUCUGUGAAGCCGGGCGACUCAAAGAAGCGAAGGAUUUGUUCUUGAAGAUGAAGGCGAGCAGUCAGAAGCCGGAUAGAGUGACCUACAUCACAUUGCUGAACAAGUUUGGCGAUAACGGCGAUUUAAAAUCGUUGCAGGGGUUUUUGGAUGAGAUGGAAUCUGAUGGUUACGAUGCUGACGUGGUGGUCUUUACUAUUUUUGUCGACGCUCUAUGCAAAGAAGGGAAGAUCAAGGAAGCCCUAGGCAUGUUGAAAGUGAUGAAUCAAAAGGAUGUUUCGCCUAAUUUGCAUACUUACAACACCUUAAUCGGCGGGCUGCUAAAAGCUAACAAACGCGAUCAUGCUGAAGAGCUCUUUAACAGUAUGGAUGUUCAUGGUCUUAAACCAAAUGCCUACACUUAUAUCCUGUUUGUUGAUUACUACGGUAAAUCCGGAGAAUUCGAGAGAGCAUUUGGGAUGUAUGAGAUCAUGAAGAGUAAGGGGAUUGUUCCCGAUCUUGUUGCUUGCAAUGCAUGUUUGUAUGGUCUCGCCGAGUCCGGUAGACUAAGGCGAGCAAAGCAAGUUUUCAAGGAACUAAGAGCUAUUGGGCUUCGCCCGGAUACAAUUACAUAUAAUAUGAUGAUUAAGUGUUGCAACAAAGCCGGAAAAGUGGACGAAGCUGUUAAGAUGUUCUCUAAGAUGAUAAGUAGCGGAUGCGACCCUGAUGUGAUCACAGUUAAUUCUCUCAUAGAUACACUUUAUAAGGGGGGUCGAGAAGAUGAAGCUUGGAAUAUGUUCGAAAGGAUGAAUUCAAUGGGUCUCGAGCCCACAGUUGCGACGUAUAACACGAUAUUGGCGGGAUUAGGGAAGGAGGGUAAGGUCGAAAAAGUGAUGGAGAUUUUCCACGAAAUGAGCUUUCGUAGUUGUCCUCCUAAUAUAAUAACUUACAACACGGUUUUAGAUUCUCUCUGCAAAAACGGUGAGGUCGAGUUAGCAUUGAAAAUGCUUUACGAAAUGACGGGGGAGGAUCAUCUGCCGGAUGUUCUAUCUUACAACACCGUGAUAAAUGGUUUGGUUAAAGAGGGGAAAAUACACGUAGCAUUGUGGCUCUUUUAUCAGAUGAGCAAAGUUCUCUUUCCCGAUUUUGCCACUAUAUGCAGUAUUCUUCCUGCUUUGGUGAAAAAUGGGCUUAUUGAGGAAGCGUUGCACAUUACCGAGAAAUAUACUCUUCAGAGUGAUGCCGAUACGGAUAGAUCUUCGUGGCAAGCUCUAAUGGAAGGGAUACUAAAGAAAGCUGGAAUAGAGAAAUCUGUCGAUUUUUCUGAACAAAGCGCUGUAAAAAGCAUUUGCCUGAAUGACUUCUUUCUGUGCCCAUUGAUUAGGUUUCUUUGUAAGAACAAGAAAGUUCUCGAUGCGCGCAAACUGUUGGAUAAGUUCAAGACAUUUGGUGUUUCGCCGACCAGCGAAGCAUAUUAUCCUAUAAUUGUUGGCCUUGUCGAAGCGCACUUAACUGACGUUGCUGAAAACUUGUUUUCAGAAAUGAAAAUGGCUGGGUGUUGCCCGGACGCGUUCGCCUACAAUGCAAUGUUAGAUGCCUUCGGGAAGUCGAUGAGGAUCGAGGAAAUGUUGAAGUUGUACGAAGAGAUGCUUUCCAAGGGAUGCAAACCUAUCAACGUAACCUACAAUAUAAUCAUUUCAGGCCUUGUUAAGUCUAAGAGAUUAGAGCAAGCUAUCGACUUCUAUUAUGACCUAAUGAGUAGAGACUUCUCUCCCACUCCUUGCACCUACGGUCCCCUUAUCGAUGGGCUCUUUAAGUCCGGAAAGAUAGAUGACGCCGAAAAGCUUUUCAAUGAGAUGGUCGACUACGGGUGCAAACCCAACUGCGCUAUCUACAAUAUUCUCAUAAACGGGUUCGGAAAGGCUAGAAAUGCAGACAAGGCGUGCGAGUUAUUCAACGAGAUGGUUAAGGCGGGAAUAAGGCCCGAUGUGAAGUCCUACACGGUUCUUAUUGACACCUUUUGCGCGGUGGGGAGAGCAGAGGACGCUUUCGCCUAUUUUGAAGAGCUAAUUACACUGGGACUCGAGCCCGACCUCAUCACGUAUAACUUAAUGAUCAACGGCCUCGGAAGGUCUCGGAGGCUAGAGGAGGCGGUCGCGCUCUUCGACGAGAUGCAGAAGAAGGGAAUUUACCCCGAUUUGUAUACUUACAAUUCACUAAUUCUCAACUACGGUAAGUUAGGAAAGCUUGAUGAAGCUGGAAAGAUGUACGAAGAGCUCCAACUGCGAGGGUUCAGACCGAAUGUGUUCACAUACAAUGCUCUCAUUCAAGGGUAUAGUAGGUCGGGUAGUACCGAACGUGCUUACGCUGUAUAUGAAAAGAUGAUGGCUCGAGGAUGCAACCCCAAUUCAGGUACAUAUGCACAGCUUCCUAACCGAUAACGAUUACGCCAUUGAGUCCAUUGCAUGUAAUUAUGUAUGCAAUUUUGUACAGUACAAUUUUGUCUAUGAAACUUGUCAUACACCUGAUUACCUGGUGGUUCUAGUAACUUUCAGAUCCAGAUAUGGUAAUGCUUUAUUGGUUUUCGGCAGAUAUUUUAGUUUGUAUAAAAUGCUCAUUUCACAGAUUACUCAGAAAAAUAUGCUUUUUAAUUCAA